GUAGGGGAGGCAAGUAGACUGGAGCUACUUGGACUGGUACAAACUGUUCACCCAUGCCAUAAUCACAGUACAGUGACUUGUGGAGUGGAAAUGAUCUAGUGACGUCUGAGUCCCUUACAUGCACCCUUGGGAGGGAGACAAGUCAAUAUCAAGCUGAUGCCGACCAUAAAUACAGAGCCUCCUGGCUGUUUCACAUAACACCCUGGGGAGAAUUGCAUGCAAUACAAUGCAGUGAGAAUCUUGCUGUGUGUUUUUCUUGGAUCACUGCACAACCUCACUCCUCCUGCAUGCUAGCUGGGAGCACCUGUAGCACUCCUCUGCAAGAUUCAAGGGACAGAAACUGCAAACACACCUACACAAAUCAGCUCAAGAUGGAAAAGUGCACAAGUCUGCUUCUGGUGUCUUUAAUACUGUGUGCCACAAUCUCACAGACAUUUGGAUUAGUUUUAUCAGGUAAAGAGAAGCGUGGCUGGACAUUGAACAGUGCAGGAUAUCUUUUAGGACCACGUCGUAUUGAUCAGCAUUUACUGGUUAAGGAAAUUCCCAUUGAAAUGGGGAGAGAAGAGUCACCUGGGGAAUAUGCAAUAGAUAAUCAUAGAUCAUUUAAUGACAAACAUGGAUUAGGUGGAAAACGUGAGCUACAGCCAGAAGAGGAUAUAAAGUCAGGAAAUUUUUAUAGAACUUUGUCCGACGAUAAUGUCCUGCGCACACUGGUUGAAUUUUUAACAUAUUUACAUCUUAAAGAGUCUGGAGCACUGGAUACCUUGUCUUCAACAAUGACCUCAGAAGAAACAACCCAAUCAUGAAAAAGAAAUUCUUUGUAUUUGACUGUAUAAUUCCAAAUUCAAUAAAUGUUUUCACUUAAUGUUCAUACAAUUUCAAAUAUAAAUAUAUCCCAAUAAUACUACAGUGUAUUUUUGCUUAAGUAAAAUUAAGCUACAAUAAAAAAUAGCAGCUGC